AUGAAGACACCAAUCUCCGCAUCGAAACGAUACGUUCAUCGCCUUCUUAAACCCCAUAAAUAUUUCACGACCACCCAUCUCCGCCGCCUCUCCGUUGCACCUGAUUCAACGCAACCACCUUCACAAGAAGAAUUGACGGAAACCACUAUUACCCAGCUGAAGAUCACCGAGGAUUGGACAAGCAACACCAAUCUCCACCACCAACUCCUCUCUCUCUACCCCCUCAAUCUCUCAUCAAAAUCGCUCGUCACCUCGAAACUUCAAAUAAAGCUCUUAAAUUUUUCCAUUUCAUUCAUGACAACCAAUCUCCGUCUCUUUCUCAACUACCGUUACCUUCAAUAUUCCAAACUGUUAUCGAGCUAG